ACGCGACAGUAUCAUGUCCUUAGUUGCGCUCGCAUGCAUAACAACUGAUAUAAAGCCUCCGAGGAACGAAGCACUGGAUACAGAUCUGAUGUCUCUACAGUUUUUAUUAUAUUCUAACUUUGUUAACUUAACCCAGCGAUAUAUUUAUUUUGGUUGCGAUCCACCCUUUAAUAAUGCAUUGUCUUAAACGUCUGCGUACUACUAAUGCGGGAGUUUUACAACUGCUUAAACAUGCUGUCAACUCCGCACUAGUUGGGAGUGACAGCAAUGUUUUAUCCAGGAGCCAGCAACCCUUUCAGCUGUUCUGCACGAGUGCAGCACUGCACCACAACAGUAAGCAACAUCAUCAAGCUGUCAAUGAUUUGGACCAAGCUGAGUGCAGGAACAGCUUGAUCUCUGGGAUGGACCUUCUCUUCUACACCAUCACAGAGGGCAAAGAGAUGAUCUCUGUCUCUCAGUUCGUCUCUGCGUUGAGGAGCACAGGUUUGUGGACAUCUGAUCCCAGGCUGAGGGACUGUAUGCAUCAGCUGCGCCAGUCAAUGCGGGAAUCUGCCGGAACAGUCAUGAUGGACCAGAAACUUUUCAGGAAGUGUGUGGGUGCUAACAUCCUGCUGCUGACCCAGGCGUUCAGGAGGAAGUUCAUCAUCCCAGACUUUGAAGUGUUUGCGUCCAACAUCGACCAGCUGUACUACAGUACCCAGAGGCAGGAGGGGGGACAUGUAGCAGAUUACAUUCCUCAACUGGCUAAAUUCAGCCCUGAUCUGUGGGGAGUGUCUCUAUGCACCGUGGAUGGACAAAGACAUUCUGCAGGUGACACCAAGGUUCCAUUCUGUCUUCAAUCAUGUGUGAAGCCACUGGAGUACGCAAUCGCUGUGCACGAGAUCGGCACUGAGCAUGUGCACCGUUACGUGGGCAAAGAGCCUAGCGGACUCAAGUUCAACCAGCUGUCACUGAAUGAGGAGGAUAAACCACACAACCCUAUGGUGAAUGCGGGGGCUAUCGUCAUCAGUUCUCUGCUCAAGCCUAACUCGAAUAAGGCAGAGAGAUUUGAUUAUGUAAUGGAAUACUUAAAGAAGAUUGCUGGCACAGAGUAUGUGGGCUUCAGCAACGCCACUUUUCAAUCAGAGAAGGAGACCGGGGAUAGGAAUUUUGCUAUUGGUUACUAUCUGAAGGAGAAAAAAUGCUUUCCUGAGAAUGCAGAUAUGAUUGCAGCCCUCGACUUCUACUUCCAGCUGUGUUCCAUCGAGGUGACCUGUGAGUCAGGCAGUGUCAUGGCCGCCACACUGGCCAACGGGGGCAUCUGUCCAAUCACAGGCGAGCGGGUGCUGAGUGCAGAGGCCGUGCGGAACACCCUAAGCCUCAUGCACUCCUGCGGAAUGUACGACUUCUCUGGCCAGUUCGCCUUCCAUGUGGGUUUGCCUGCCAAGUCUGGCGUGUCGGGUGCAGUGCUGCUGGUGGUCCCUAAUGUCAUGGGAAUAAUGUGUUGGUCUCCUCCGUUAGACCGUGUCGGAAAUAGUGUCCGAGGCAUUCACUUCUGUCAGGAGCUGGUUUCUCUCUUUAACUUCCACAACUACGACAACCUGAGACACUUUGCAAGAAAGCUGGACCCUCGCAGACUCUCACUUGAUGAUAGGAACAAGUCAGUGGUGAACCUGAUGUUUGCAGCUUACAGUGGUGAUGUCUCUGCCCUGAGGAGGUUUGCUCUCUCGGCUGUUGACAUGGAGGAGAAAGACUAUGAUUCUCGUACAGGUCUCCACGUGGCGUCAGCUGAAGGUCAUGUGGAAGCGGUGAUCUUCCUAACAGAGACGUGUAAAGUGAACCCCCAUAUAAAGGAUAGGUGGGGAAACACACCCCUGGAUGAUGCCAGGCAGUUUGGUCAUGACGGGGUGGUGUCGGCCUUGACGGAGUACCAGCGGAUGUAUCCAUGCAGUAAUGGGUCCCAGUCAGAAACCGAAGACCAGAGAAAAUUAGACACAGUGAAGGUUGUGGUUUGAGCUAGACAGGAGAGAUGUCUAACCAUAUUGUAUUUAAUACAAGAGGCAUUUGCAGAGUUUCAUUCCAGAUAGUUGUCCCCCUUCCCCUAUAUCCUUGUUCACAAGCACUCCCCAUAACAGAUCUGAUAAGACUGGGUUGGUUAAAACAAUAUGGCGGAAAGCUAUAACUAACAUCUUCUCAGGUACAGUUGAAGUCGGAAGUUUACAUACACUUAGGUUGGAGUCAUUAAAACUCGUUUUUCAACCACUCCACAAA